UUGCGUCCGUAACAUCUGCAAAAAGUGAGGAAGUGUCCAAGAUUAUCGGAUUUCCUAAAACUCCUCCAGAAUGAGCCAAGAGGUUUGAGCCUUCCAGUGGUUUACUGGACCUUCACAUAAUGUUUUAUUUCCUUUGAGAUACAAUAAUAACUUGUCUCAUUAUCUCAUAGCUGACACUUCAUGUGUGUGUGUGUGUGUAUGUAACUGUGUCUUUUUGCCACUAAACGUCCACUCUCUGCCUCUAGAUGCCUGAUCAGUUCGACCAGACGUUGGUUCUGAACCAGCUCAGAUACUCGGGCAUGUUGGAGACCGUGAAGAUUCGACGAACCGGCUUCCCCAUCCGCAGACCUUUCCAAGACUUCUGCACCAGGUACAAGGUGUUGAUGCGGGGCGUGAUGACCCCCGAUGACCCCAAGGGGAGCUGCGUCCAGCUGCUCUACCUGUACGACAGCAGCAGUGCGGACUGGCAGCUGGGCAAGACCAAGGUCUUCCUUCGGGAGUCUCUGGAGCACCGUCUGGAGAAGCAGAGGGAGAUGGAGGUGCUGAAAGCCGCCAUGAUAAUCCAGGCUCACGUCAUGGGCUACAUGGCGAGGAAGCAGUACAGGAAGCUGCUGCAGUGCAUUGUGGUCAUUCAAAAGAACUACCGGGCUUUCUACUGGAGGAGGAAGUUCCUGCUCCUCCGCUGGGCAGCGCUCACCUUCCAGAAACGUGUGCGAGGUCAGCUGGCUCGCCGGGCCUUCAGCCAGCUGCUGGAGGACCGGAGGAGGAGGAUGGAGGAGGAGGAGCGCCGCAGGAGGAAGGAGGAAGAGGAGAUGGAGAGAGAGAGACAGAGACUGGAGGCUGAAAGACUCGCUGCAGAGGCUGAGGAGGCCAGACGUCUGGAGGAGCUUCACCGCUCUGAAGAGUUGGCAUCUCUCGCUCUGCCUCCGCCUCCGGCUCCAGUAGAAGCUGUAACAUCGCCGGUCUCGAUGGAGGAGGCGGAGUUACCCGAGCCUCUCCAGGAGGCGUCUGAUGAAGAAGAGGAGGAGGCAGUCCGACCUCAGGACGCGUCUCAGGUGGAGGAGAUCCUGAGACUGGAGCGGGAGAUCCAGGUGCUGCAGAGGCAGAAGGAGCGUCAGGAGCUCUCUCUGACCGAAGCCUCCCUCAACCGGCUGCAGCUCCUCCGCGACCAGGAGCUUCGGCGCCUGGAGGAUGAGGCCUGCAAGGCGGCGCAGCAGUUCCUGGAGUCGCUGAACUUUGACGAGAUCGACGAGUGCGUGAGGAACAUCGAGAGCUCGUUGGGAGUGGGCGAGGACGAGGAGGAGGAGGAGGAGGCAGAGAAAGAUGUCGGGAGGCGGCGAGGGAAUGACGAGGAGGAGGUGGACGAAGGCUUUGGCGCUGACGAUGAGGCCUUCAAAGACUCGCCGAACCCCAGUGAACACGGGCACUCAGACGGGCAGAGGACAAGCGGGAUCCGAACGAGCGACGACUCGUCUGAAGAAGACCCGUACGCCAACGAUGGCGUGACCCCUCCCCUCCCCCCGACCACCAACGUGCUGCACCAGCCGCUGCCUUUACCACCGGCGCCCGCCGCCUGCCAUAGCGCCUCCUCCAGCGCGGACUCGGCCUUCUGCCACCCUCAGGCUUCAUCCGAGGCUCAGUCUGACGACCUGGUGGAGCUGAUACCGCCCGAUGAAGACUCAGACUACGACCAGGACGACUACGACGAGGGCGCCAUCGUCUCCAGUGGCAGCGUGGCGUUCUCCAACUCCCGCAGCGGCCAGUGGUCGCCUGACUACAGAGGCUCUGUGGGAACCUACAACAGCUCGGGGGCCUACCGCUUCAGCUCGGAGGGGGCGCAGUCAUCAUUUGAGGACAGCGAGGACGACUUUGACAGAUUUGACACCGAUGACGAGCUGUCGUAUCGCCGGGACUCCGUCUACAGCUGCGUCACUCUCCCGUACUUCCACAGCUUCCUCUACAUCAAAGGCGGCCUGAUCAACACGUGGAAGCGUCGCUGGUGCGUCUUGAAAGACGAGACCUUUCUGUGGUUCCGGGCCAAGCAGGAGGCUCUGAAGCAGGGCUGGCUGCACAAGAAGGGAGGUGGCUCGUCCACGCUGUCCCGCCGCAACUGGAAGCGCCGCUGGUUCGUGCUGCGGCAGAGCAAGCUCAUGUAUUUUGAGAACGACGGCGAGGAUAAGAUGAAGGGCGUUCUGGACAUGCACAACGCAAAAGAAAUCAUUGAUAACACCGGUAAGGAGAAUGGGAUCGACAUCGUGAUGCAAGAGAGGACUUACCAUCUGAUCGCAGAGACCGCCGAGGACGCCAGUCAGUGGUUCAGCGUGCUGAGUCAGGUCCACGGCUCUACAGAACAGGAGAUCAGAGAGAUGCACGACGAGCAGGCAAACCCGCAGAACGCUGUGGGAACAUUGGACGUUGGGAUGAUCGAUUCGGUUUGUGCGUCUGAUAAUCCGGAGAGACCGAACUCUUUUGUCAUAAUCACGGCCAACCGUGUGCUGCACUGCAACGCCGACACGCCCGAGGAGAUGCACCACUGGAUCACUCUGCUGCAGCGCUCCAAAGGAGACACGCGCGUCGACGGACAGGAGUUCAUCAUCCGAGGCUGGUUGCACAAAGAGAUGAAGAACAGCACCAAGGCUUCUCUGAAGCUGAAGAAGCGCUGGUUUCUGCUUACCCACAAUUCCCUGGACUACUACAAGAGCUCGGAGCGGAACGCCUUGAAGCUGGGAACGCUGGUGCUGAACAGCCUCUGCUCGGUGGUUCAGCCGGAUGAGAAGGUCUUCAAAGAGACCGGAUACUGGAACGUGAUCGUGUACGGACGUAAACACUCCUACCGCCUGUACUGCAAGCUGCUGAACGAGGCCACGCGCUGGGCCAACUCCAUCCAGAACGUCAUCGACUCCAAAGCUCCCAUCGACACGCCCACGCAGCAGCUCAUCCAGGACAUCAAGGAGAACUGUCUGAACUCAGAGGUUGUGGAGCAGAUCUACAAGAGGAACCCCAUACUGCGCUACAGCCACCACCCGCUGCACACGCCGCUGCUGCCACUGCCCUACGGAGACAUCCACCUCACCGCUCCGAGGAACAUAAGCUACACCACUCUGCAGCACGAAGCCCUCAAAGUGUUCGGCUCUCUGCAGCACCUGGAGGGUGUGGCCGACCCGGUGCCAAUCAUCCAGGGCAUCCUCCAGACGGGCCAGGAGCUCAAACCCCUGAGGGACGAGCUCUUCUGCCAGCUGAUCAAGCAGACGACCCGGCCGCCGCAGCCGAGCGGGCCGGGAAACCUCUGCAGCUGGAAGAUCCUGGCCUGCAUGUCCUGCACCUUCAUCCCCACCAGGAGCAUUCUCCGAUACCUCAAGUUCCACCUGAAGAGAACCCGGGAGCUCUACCCCGGUUCAGAGAUGGAACGUUACGCCGCAUUCGCCCUCGACUCCCUGAGGAAGACUCGAGCCAGGGAGAAUGUCCCGUCGCAAGAGGAGAUCCGCUCCAUCGUGGCCCGGCAGGACAUGAGCACCACUGUUCACUGUCACGGAGGAGGAUCCUGCAAGAUCACCAUCAACUCCCACACAACAGCUGGAGAGGUGGUAGAGAAGCUGAUCCGAGGUCUGGCCAUGGAGGACAGCAGGAACAUGUUCGCUUUGUUCGAACACAACGACGACACAGAGAAAGCCAUCGAGAGCCGCAUGGUGGUGGCUGACGUGCUCGCCAAGUUUGAGAAGCUCUCAGGAAGUCCAGACGAGCACAGCACCGGCUGGAAGUUUUACUUUAAGCUCUACUGUUUCUUGGACACGGACGAUGUUCCCAAAGACAGCGUGGAGUUCGCCUUCAUGUUCGAGCAGGCUCAUGAAGCCGUCAUUAAAGGUCAGUAUCCGGCCCCCGAGGAGACUCUUCAGUUCCUCGCCGCCCUGAGACUCCAGUACCUCCUGAGCGAUCACGGCUCCCAGGCCAGCGUCCCCGAGAUGUCCCAGGUGUUCCCCAUGGCGCGGUUGCGGGCCCGGGUGCAGAACUCGGCCAAGACGUUCGCUCCGGGCGCCGGCUCGGUGGCCGACCGCUCGGGCACGUCCGAGAGGAAACGCUCGAGCUUCCUGGAGGGGACGCUGAGGCGGAGCUUCAGGAGCGGCUCGCUGAGUCGGCAGAAGCAGCUGGAGGAGGAGAACUCUCUGGAGGCGUGGAUGAGGGAGGAGGCGGCUGCAGUGAAGACCAGCGUCAUGGACAAGUGGAAGAAACUGCAGGGGAUGAACCAGGAGCAAGCCAUGGUCAAGUACAUGACUCUGGUGAAGGAGUGGCAGGGAUACGGAUCCACGCUGUUCAACGUGGAGUGUCGGGACGGAGCGUUCCUCGAGCUGUGGCUGGGCGUGAGCAGGGAGGCCAUAUCGGUGUACAAACGAGGGGAGCCGUGGCCCCUGGAGGUUUUCCCCUACGAGCAGAUUCUGUCCUUCGGAGCCCCGCUGCCCAACUCCUACAAGAUCGCCGUGGAGGGCCGAGAGCUCGUCUUUGAAACGCAAAUGGUCAUGGACAUCGCCAAGCUGAUGAAGGCCUACAUCAGCAUGAUCGUCAAGAAACGCUACAGCAACUGUCAGUCCGUCAGCAGCCACGGCAGCCAGUGUAGCGCCUGGUGAACGCACAGGAGUGUCCCAGAGGGUCGAGUGCACCCGCCCACCCGUCAGUCCUCGCCGCUCUGGAGCUUUGACUUUUGACAUUUCAGACUGACUAUGAAUGCUGCAGACAAACCCGCGAUGCUCUUAAUUUGAACUUGCUCUAUAUAUUUUUUUAUUAUGGAGUGGUUUUAUUCCAAAACACUAAACAGCCACACAGGAGGGAUCGGAACCAUGAACUGGCGUGCAAUCAUUUGGAGCUGGAAGAGUGCUUUGGGAACGUUUCUUCAGCCUCAAAGGAGAAAUGUCCCCGCUGUAAUGGAAGACAGUUUAUGGAUAAAACUGUGUCCAAAACUACUGGAUGCUGAUGGCCACAGAUGUUUGAUGUGGAGGUCUUCGGGGUCGGGGGGGGGGGGGGACCUGACCAGGUACCUGUACCUGAGAGAAACUCAGUAGGCUGUUAUAGAACCAGAUGACAAGAGUUCAACUGGGCGGAGGGGGAACGACUUGAUGAAGCUGAUUCAGCAAGUUUUAAAAGUAAAAGAGUGCUACUUUCUUUACUAAUUAGAAAAAGAAGCUCAAGAAAAUUGACAACUGACCAAACCAGGAACUUUGUAUAAAUAUGGACGACGCCUCCCGUUGUGUGAAACACCACUGCGCCUUUAAAUGUCUCAUUUCCCUGAAAAAAAAAAUACUCUUAGACAGCUAAGUGACAAAUUAUUACAUCAAACAUUUGACUUUAACCGACCUCUUCAGCUGUUACUUUAUGUUUCAUAAGGAGUUCCUUAAGUUAAUGUCGUUACCCUCGCUCGACUAGGAGUUCCUUUUUCUUUCAAAAUAAAAGCAGGUUGGUAUCAAAACUGGAGGUAAAUAACCCCGAGCUUAACAGAAAAUAAUGGAAUUUAAAAUAUGUGAUCAAUCGCGAUUGACGAUUUAAACGGGGAAUGUGGAAAGACAGAAAUAAUCUGACAGCCCUAAUUAUUGUACUUUGUAUACAAUAAGAAGGGUGAGGUGUUUUUUAGCAGGAGAACAUAUUUGCAGCAGAUUUAAUAACCAGGUUAACGUAAAGGAUGAAACACCUCCAGGGUCUCAGGUCUCCUCGUACGUACAUACACCUGGUCGGGUCCAAAGUACCUGAACAACCUGAGUACCUGAUUCUCAACUUUGGAAAAUAUUUCUACCGAUCCAGCUAAAAAAGGACGAUAAAACAAACAUGGCAGGAAACGUUUCCUCCUCUCAUCUUCCAGACUCUUGAAGCAGCAAAGUACUAAAACGAGCAGAUGUCACUUCUUUUUUUUUUUUUUUUUUUUUUUUUUUAUGUUUCUCAGACCAAAGAAAUCCAGCUGUUUUUUACUCGUCAGUAUAGCAUGUGGAUGUGUCUUGUUUUGAAAUUAAGACUGUUCAUUUCCUCCUGAUGCUGACGUGCUGUGGCACUACAAGGACUGUUGAUGCAGGUUUGUUACUGAGGGUUUUGUUCGAGUGUGUGUGUGUGUACAUGUGUGAGUGUAAGUUUUUAGAAGACUGUGCCUACAAGCUUGUCGAAUGUAUAAAGAAAAAAAAAACCCAGAAAACAGAAAAAGAAAACUGCAGCCUACGAGCCUUUUCCUCUGCUUUGAUCAAACUCUGGGAUGUCUACACAAACCUUCUCCAGGAUGAUGUGCUCGCUGUAAAUAACUUGCGUCUGCAUUUCAAGUGUGUAAUAAUUGAUUGUUUUUUGAUUGAUUUGCCGAUGAUAAAGAAGGUCACUCAAGUGCCUGUGAUAAAGCAGGACAAACUCAAGUGAAGUCACGCUUGUUGUUGUCGUCGUUGUUGUCGACGCCACUCUCGUUCCCGUGUAACCACAAUCUGAAAGGUGCUCCCGUGUUCCCUUUAACUACCGAUGUACUUUUACACUGCUCGAUCUGUCCAGCCCAGCAGGCCAUUCAAGCUGAACUCUGGUGGGGUUAUUUGAAGAGUAAAAUGAGUGUUUUUGUCAAUGGAGUCUGCGUAGCUUUUUACCUUUUUGUAGGGUUAUUUUUGAGUUCUUUAUGCUUUUAUUUAGAGACAGGACAGAGUCAGAAACCAGGGAGAGAGAGAGAGAGAGAGAGAGAAUGGGGAGUGACAUGCAGGAAAGGAGCCACAAAUCAGAUUAGAAAACUUGAGGUGUGCGCACAAACCUCCAGGCUACCUGCGCCCCUGAUGUAGCUUUCUCUGGUUGAAAAAAAAAACAAAAAACUUUUAUCUAAGACGGCUCUUUCUUCUUUCUUUGACCCCUUCUUCUGUAACGCUGUCAGACAGGUCUGGUAGCAAUCUUAUGGUGUUUUCAGACAUGCAUAAAACUCAUGAAAACCUCCUGAAAUUUUCAGGGUGAGCUGCAUGUGUGAACGCAAACAGACACAUUUUUCACUCCGACUUCACCUGAACUUUUCCUGACAGCCUCCCUUGUCGAAUGUCAGUGUGAAGUCAGCGGGUAAACCGAUGUGAGAAAACAGCUGGAAAUAUUCAGGAAAGAGGCGAGCGAGAGGGGGAGGUUCAAUAAUGACCUCCGAGUUACUGAGCACUUACAAAUCCACAAAAUACGACCAAAGAUUUAAAAAAAAAAUCAUCACUGAGCCUCAAUCAUAUCGACACGCCCCUUGAGUUUACUCUGACUGCAUUGAUUAAAACUUAAUUUGAAUGACCUGUUUAGAUUUUGCAGGGUUGGUCAGAUGUUAGUGUGAAUGGCGUGCAGGGUUGGUCAGAUGUUAGUGUGAAUGGCGUGCUCAGCUGGACUCUUCACAGUGUAACAUUCCUACAACAUUUCGCUGGAGCUCCGCAGGCGGCAGAUCCAUCCAAAGACGCGUGUGCAGGUCUCUCCCAUAGUGCCUUAUUGUAUAUUGUGUACACUUGUUUUCUUCUUCAUGUGUGGUUCCUUGUUUUUUUUUUUUUUUUUGGUAUAAUGUGCAAUGUUAUCUAUAAAUAUUAUAUACUCACAUGGCUGUACAUUUUAUACUUCCUUCUAUUUUUUUCUCACAUUUAUGAUGACCACACUGCCGUUUUCUCAAACAUAAAUCUUGCUGUAUUUUUCUCUGCGUAACCAUCUGACUGAUCAUGGACCUUUAACAUCAUACUGGUAUUGAGUUAUUUUUUAAUCUGUAUCAGCUGUUAUGUACUGAAAAGAUGAUUCUAACAAUAAAUGGUGACAUAUUUGGUCUGAAAGUGCUUUCACAUCAA